AAAUCAUUAAAAUAAUGACCAAAUAUAUAAACUGAACCUGAUGCUAUAGUAGAAUCGAUCAAAUUUACUGAGCCUAAUAGAAAGAGAAAAAAAAGAACCCUUUACAAAGCUCAUCAAGUAAAAAAAAAGAAGAAAAGCAACCCUAAGUCUAAAAAUUCAUCAAAUAGUAUCACUUACAUUACCUCAUAGGGAGAAAGAAAAGACUAGUGGUUAAGAAGGUGAAACAAAAACUACCGAAGCCAAAUCAAAGUUCAAACAUAAGAGAUUGGAAAAAGCAGUUGCCUUGCCAUUGUCUACAACCCACAAACAAACCCUUCUCUUCUGCACCAUUAAGAAAGUUUUAUAUCUUCAAACCCCUUAUAGUAAGCUCCUCUAUUACUUUCCUCUCUCCCUCUCUCUCUCUCUUUCUUUAUACCAUCUUUAACUAUCCCUCAUCUCUUCACAAGCUUCUCCAUUAAUUUAUCUUCAAAGCAAGAACAAGAAGAACAGAAAAGUAAAGGUUGGCCUGAGGAGUUCUUCAUAAGAAUGGGAAGAGGGAGAAUUGAGAUCAAAAGGAUUGAGAACUCAAGCAACAGGCAAGUGACUUACUCAAAGAGGAGAAAUGGGAUUAUAAAGAAAGCUAAGGAGAUCACAGUUUUAUGUGAUGCUGAGGUUUCUCUGAUUAUCUUUGCUAGUUCUGGCAAGAUGCAUGAGUAUUGUAGUCCUUCUACUACGUUGGUUGACAUGUUGGACAAGUAUCAUAAGCUGUCUGGUCAGAGGUUGUGGGAUGCAAAACAUGAGAACCUAAGCAAUGAGAUUGAUAGAGUCAAGAAAGAGAAUGACAACAUGCAGAUUGAGCUCAGGCACCUGAAUGGAGAGGAUAUCAGUUCUUUGAAAUACCCAGAGCUCCAGGCCUUAGAGGAUGCCCUUGAAACUGGCCUUGCUGGUAUUCGUAACAAACAGAUGGAGUACUACAAGAUGAUGAAGAGAAAAGAUAAGAGUUUGGCGGAUGAGAACCAGCACUUGAGCUUCAUUCUGCAUCAACUAGAAAUGGAAACAAAACAGACUGUGAGGGAGAUGGAAAAUCCUUAUCUGGUUUCCUCACAGCAUCAACUACAAAUGGAAACGAAACAGAAUAUGAGGGAGAUGGAAAACCCUUAUCAUCAACAAAGGGUGAGAGACUACAAUUCCCAGGUGCCUUUUGCCUUCAGGGUGCAGCCUAUUCAGCCAAAUCUGCAGGGGAGGAUGUAACAUUAUUAUAUUUAUAUAUAAUCUUAAAUUACUGUUGAAGAUUUCCACAAGAGAUGUGAUCUCAAGCUAGCUAACUGGCUUGUAUUAAGUUGUUGUCUAAGUAUUACUUGUUUAAGGUCAGGAUGAUCCUCUAUCUAUAUGAAUGCUAGUUUAUUUGAGUGUUUUUUUAUAUAAGAAUUCACAAUGUUUGUCA